UACAAAUCUACAGUCAACACAGAGCAGAAGAAGAAGAAGAAGAAGAUGGCGGAACGAGGCUACAGUUUCUCCCUCACCACAUUUAGCCCUUCGGGGAAACUGGUCCAGAUUGAAUAUGCCCUGGCAGCUGUAGCAGCCGGAGCACCCUCAGUGGGCAUCAAAGCUUCCAAUGGAGUUGUCCUGGCAACAGAGAAGAAACAAAAGUCCAUUCUGUACGAUGAGCAGAGUGUCCAUAAAGUGGAGCCUAUCACUAAACACAUAGGCAUGGUCUACAGCGGCAUGGGACCUGACUACAGGGUAUUAGUGCGACGAGCCCGGAAGUUGGCACAACAGUACUUCCUGGUUUACCAGGAGCCAAUCCCCACAGGCCAGCUUGUCCAGAGAGUGGCCUCCGUAAUGCAGGAGUACACACAGUCUGGUGGAGUGCGUCCAUUCGGCGUUUCAUUGCUGAUAGCUGGAUGGGAUGAAGACCACCCCUACCUGUUCCAGUCAGACCCCUCUGGUGCAUAUUUCGCAUGGAAAGCCACAGCUAUGGGAAAGAACUACGUUAAUGGAAAAACAUUCCUUGAAAAAAGGUAUAACAACGAUCUGGAAUUGGAAGAUGCCAUCCACACAGCCAUCUUGACAUUGAAGGAGAGCUUUGAGGGUCAGAUGACAGAGGAAAACAUUGAGGUGGGGAUCUGCAACGAGGCCGGCUUCAAAAGACUCACCCCAGCGGAGGUGAAAGACUACCUGGCAGCCAUUGCGUGAACACGCCCUCCAUAAUGAUGAUGGGGCUUUCAGGCCACAUUUCCUGACAAAGACAUAACAGCACAGUAGCCAACAGUCUCAUGACACGUUUUGUAAACCACAGUUAUUCAGACAGAGUUUAGCCACAUUGCAUUAUGGCCAAACUGUUUCUGCCCUGAGAACAUGAAAGGAUGCCCGCCGUAACUUCAUUACAUUCAAGAUUAUUAACACGAGCUUGCAGAAUCAGACACCCGGUUUGGGAUUAUGCCCGGACCUAUUUACUUAAAAGUGAGGUGACAAACUCACAUCCACAUAAUUGGCUUUGUUGUUAAACACAUUCCCUGGUGCUGUGAAUUGUGACAGUUGCCUACUGUGCGUAUGACAAGGAAUGUAGGCUCUGAUGAGUAAAAUCUCAAAUCUUCCAUUGAAUCCUUCAUUUUCUGUAUUUGUCAUUGCUGUUGCAAAGGCAAUGCUGUCAGGUUAUAAAUAAAGCAAGGUUGUUUUAGGCAGUUAUUCAAAAUUUGAUUGCUUGUAACCAUUGUCAUAAAAAUAAAACUGGUAAAAUAAAACAGUUAGUAAAGAGCAGAAAGAGCUUUGGUUUCUGGGGGUGAUUUUAUUCAUCCUGAACAUGGACAUUUUCCCUCAACUGCACUUAAUUAGUAUCCCUCACACACACUAGGAAGGAGGAUCAGCAAAAGGGAGCAGGAAGGGAGGAUUCAGUGGGACGUUUUGAGGUUUUACAGUCAAGAUCUAGUUGCCUGUACAGCAGUUUUACACAAUGUACUCUUUUGUUUUCCAGGCUAGAAUCAAUUCUAGAGUUUGUAUUUUCUCUUCUGGUAUCUGUCACUUCUUCAAAUAAAAGAUGAUGAGUUGA